CCCACUCGGGUUAAAGGCUUUUUGAGCAGUUGGGGUCAAUUUCCGCUCGGUGGUGGCCGCCUACAUAAAACAGCCUGUAACUUUUCUUUUCCGACAGCCUUCGUCAUGUCCAACAACAACGCCAGCAACAACUUAAUCAUCGCUCAGAGGGCCGUGAAGCAGCUCCGGUUAGAGGCCAGUAUCCGGAGGAUCAAGGUGUCCCAGGCUGCUGCUGAGCUCAGAAACUUCUGUCUGCAAAAUGCCUCCAAGGACCCUCUCCUGGUCGGGGUCCCCUCCAGUGAUAAUCCCUUCCGACCCCCCAAGUCCUGCUCCCUGUUCUGAGAGCAGAAAGAAACAUGGAGGAUUUCUGUAUUUAUCCGUCGAAGGCUGUCUUCACCUCUACUUGAUGUCGCUGUAGAUCUGCCAGCAGCUCCUCUUGGGAUGAUGGGACAUGGGGCUGAUGGGUUCGGGAGGGGAAUUGGUCCACUUGUUUACCAAAACUAAUGGUAUCAUAACUCCCAUCUGUUACAUUAAAGUAGGGCUGGGUGAUAUGGACAAAAUCAAGUAUCACAAUAUGUUUGACCAAAUACCUCUAUUGAUAUUGCAACAAUAUACUAUUGGUGCUCUCACAGAAUAUUUACACAAUGAAAUUAUUGAUAAAUCAUUAGUAAUGUGGAUAUAAUGAAUAAGUGGAUAAAGUCAAAUAAU